AUGAUCACAAACAGCAAAGCUUCAACAACAACAACACUAUAUAAUAUUAUCUUCCUACUAUUGUCAUUCCUUAUAAUCACACCAUGUGCUUCACUAUCAUUAACAUAUUGCUCAACACAAAACUUGGGUUCGGAUUCCACGUCUGACCAAUACAUGUCAAAUGGGUACUGUCAAGAUCGAUGUCAGAAAUUAGGGUACGCUGUGGCAAUAUUGUCACGAUUUGAUUGUUAUUGUGGUAAUGAUGUGCCUGAAAAUCAAAUAGAUUUGAGUGAUUGUGAUACUUCUUGUCCUGGAUAUCCAGUUGAAAAAUGUGGAGAUGAAAAUCAUUUUGGAUAUUUGGUUUUUGGUGAUCCUAGUGCUACUGUUGGUGGUGAAACUACAUCUACAAGUCAAACAGAGACAGAAACAGAAACAGAAACAGAUGAUGAGACUACAUCAACGAGUAGUACAUCUAGCACCACAUCUUCAUCUAAUAUAUCUCAAACCACAUCCACAACUCCAUCAUCAUCUUCACCUAGUACUUCUUCAACUAGCUCCACACCACAAAGUACAUCAUCUACUCCAUCAUCCACUCCAUCAUCUACUUCAUCAUCUACUUCAUCAUCUACUUCAUCAUCUACUAGUUCCCCCUCAUCGCAACCAACAACAAUGGUUACCCGCACAACUCAAGUCACACAAGUUCAUCUGUCAAACGAUGUAGUCAAAGUUACCGAAUACUAUACAGUUACUCCAUCACCAUCAAUAACGCUGAGUUCAAGCACCUCAUCGAAAUCAUCAUCACCAAGUGUUGUGUCAUCCACAGUUGUGCUAAUAUCAACUCAAGUUGAAGCAUCAACAGUGUUUUCAGUUGUUACAGUUAACGGUACCCAAAGUCAACAACAGGUGAGCACAUUGUACAUUACUCAAUCGGCAAAUUCAACAUCAAUUCAAUCAUCGUCUACAGAGAGUAGCAGCAGUGAAUUAACUUCCACAUCAGGAGAUUCUUCAUCGUCAUCGGAUUUAGUAGGCGGUGCAGGAGCAGCUGCAUCGUCAUCACCUACUGAGCCAAUAAUUUCGUCAACCGCAUCCGCAACCUCAUCCGACUCCGAACUGUCCACAUUGGAAGCACCUACAUCCGAUAACGAAAACAAGAGUGCAUUCUUCUCCGAUACUGGAAAAGUUGCCGGAACAUUCACGGCAGUCGGGGUCGUUGUCUUAGGAAUCGUCUCUGCAAUACUCUACUGUUGCUGUUGUUGCACUGGUCGUAGACGCGGUGGAGUUGCUGGUGUUGGUGAUCGUGAUACAUCUGAUGAAGAAAACCGCUAUUCACUGGAUUAUGAUGAUGUUGAUGUAGCCCAUGAAAAAGUUGUUGCGUUCAACAAGAACCAACGAGGACAUCAACGCAAUAGUAGCUAUCCAGCACCACCGGAGUAUCGUCAUAGUAAACAAUCUUCAUUUUCAUCAUUGAAACGAGAUAAUUCAACCAAGACGCUAUUUUCAUUGUUUAUGGGUGGUAGUUCAAAUCAUGCCGAAAAGGAAAAAGCCAAUGCUAAUAGCAAUUACUACUAUAAUAAUGAUUAUGGAUCUAGUGGAGGUCUGGGAAUUAAUCGAAACUUGUCUCGAAAGAAGUUGUUACGUGGCUCUCAGGGCUUUGGCAUGGGGGGUGGUGGAGAUUCAUCGGAUGAUAAUGGAGACAUUAUCAUGUUUCCAAUUGAUGAAAAUAAUCAACCAAUGUUUAGUCAAUCACUUGAUAAUCUUCAUGAUCAUAAUGGAGGUACAGGUGGUGGAACUUUGAAGAUUGCCAAUCCAGAUUAG